AUGUGCACUGAAGUCAUUAAAACACGUUAUCAAGCAUCAGAAAGUUUACUUAGAGAUCAAGAAAAACUUUUUGCUGACAAAUCGUUCAAUUCAAAAAAUACUACUUCAAUAACAAAUUAUCCAUCAUCAACAAUAAUCAAAACGACAAAUAUUCAUUCAUUACCUUAUAAACGUCCAAGUAUCAUCGAAUCAUUUCGGCAUAUCAUACACUACAAGGGUAUUAAAGGCCUCUUCACAGGUUUAGUACCAAAUUUGGUUGGGGUAGCACCAUCCAGGGCGAUUUAUUUUUUUGCUUAUGGAAAUACAAAAUCAUUUCUUGUUGAUUCGAUGAAACGUGAAACACCUCUUAUUCAUGUAACGUCAGCCGCUGCCGCAGGUAUAGCAAUGUCAACAUGUACAAAUCCUCUAUGGUUUAUAAAAACAAGACUUCAGCUUGAUUUGCAGUGCGUAGAUACUCGAACAAUUGACUUAAUCCGUAAAGUUUAUCGUGAAGAUGGUAUUCGUGGCUUUUAUAAAGGGAUAUCGGCCUCUUAUGUUGGUGUAUCAGAAACAAUUGUCCAUUUUGUUAUAUACGAACAAUUAAAAGCACAAAUUCAGUUAAUUCAAACAAAUUUAGCUUAUUCACUAGACGAUUCGGGUAUGUUUAAUUUUGUGUCUUAUUUGGGUGCUGCUUCUUGUUCAAAAUUGUGUGCAAGUACGCUCUGUUAUCCGCAUGAAGUAAUACGUACACGUCUAAGAGAAGAAGGUACAAAAUAUAAAACAUUUAUGCAAACAUUCAAAACUAUACUGAAAGAAGAAAGUUAUGGUGCUUUAUAUCGAGGAUUAUUAACACAUUUAAUUCGACAAAUACCAAAUACAGCGAUUAUGAUGGCUACCUAUGAGAUUGUCGUCGCUUUUCUUUCGGAUACAUCUCCACAGUCAGUUACAUUAACAGAAGUAUCAACAUUAACUCCAAAACGUGUUUUGAUAAAAUCGGUGGAUAAUGAAGUAAACGCGACUAUUGAGUCAGAAAUGUAG